AUGUUUUUGUCACUCCCCUCCCCACAGAGUUUGAUCGGUUUGGUUGUCAGUGUUCUAUUAUUCACUGCACAUGCCGACGAAGAAAGCAAGCUCGCCGAAACGAAACACGAACAGUUAGAAGAACUGACGGCUCAAGCUACGGGCUACGACAGUAAUGGCAGGGUACAGUUACUUGGUAUCCCUAUUAGAUUAGCAACCAACAGAGGCGGGAGAGGUUCAAGAAACGGUGGUUAUGGAGCUGAAGGAGACUACAGCGGCAGUGGUAGUGGAGUUACUGUCUUCGGUGUUGUAAAGGGUAGUCAAGGUUACGAUGGUGGUCCUGGGAGUGGUUAUGGCAAUGAAGGUGGCGGUUAUGGCGGUGGCACUGUUGGUGGUGGUGGUGGCUAUAUUAAUGGAGGUAGGGGUCCUGGUGGUGUCACUCUCGUUGGUCUUCCCGGUGGUGGUGGCUACAAUAGUGGAGCUGGUGGUCUUGGUGGUGUUACUCUUGUUAGUCCCCCCGGUAGUAGUGGCUACAUCAGUGGAGCUGGUGGUCCUACUCUCGUUGGUCAUCCUGGUGGCGGUGGCUACAAUAGUGGAAUCGGUAGUUAUAGCAGUAGAGGUGGUGCUCCUGCUGGUGUUGUUUUCGUUGGUGUGCCCGGUGGCGGUAGUUACAGUACUGGAGGCGGUGUUUACGGUGGUGGAAACAGUGGGUAUGGUGGUGUACCUCUCCUUAUUCCUGCUGGUGGUGGUGGCUCUGGUUACAGUGGUGGAGUUGGUAGCUAUGGUGGUGUUGGUACCACUCUUUAUGGUCUGGGCGGCGGCGGUGGUGGUGGUAUAAAGAGUAAUAGAGGCGUUAAAGGUUAUAAUGGUGGGAAUGGUGGAUACGGUGGUGGUCCUGGUGGGGCCACUCUCGUUGGCCAGAUUGCUAGUGGUGGUAGUGGAUACGGUAGCUACGGUGGUGGUUUGGAUGGUUCUGCUCUAGUUGGUCAGCUUCCAGGCAGUGGUAUUGGAUAUGGUAAAUACGGUGGUGGUUCUGGUGGUUCUGCUCUCGUUGGCCAGCUUCCACACAGUGGUAGUAGAUAUGGUAAAUACGGUGGUGGUUCUGGUGGUUCUGCUCUCGUUGGUCAUGAUGCCGGUGGUGGUAGUGGAUAUGAUGGUAGAGACAGUGAUUAUGACGGUAAAAGUAGCGACUACAACAGUGUAGGCGAUGGUUAUAAAAGUGGAGGUGGUGGAAGUGACAGUCAUAGCAGAUUAGAUGGAGAUUACAACAGUGGAAGUUAUGGCAAUGGUGGUGAAAGUAGUGGUUAUGGAAGUGCAAGUAGUAUUGAUGGUGAUAGAAGUAGUCGUGGAAGCAGUAUAUUUAGAGAUGGAAGGAGCAGAUACGAUGAUGAAAUCGGGGGCUAUGGUGAUGGUGGACACAGUAGUGUAUUUACUGAUGGCAGUAGUGGAUAUGGCAGCAGAUAG